CACUUUGGCAAGGCUGUGGCUUCAUGCAUGCAGAGGCAAGCUAAUUGUUUUCUGGAAGGAGAACGAUCUGAGAAUCCAAAAUCCUAUUUCUGAAGCCAUCGGCAGCGAGACUUUUGAGUGUACUAUGGCAGAUGCACAACCCCAAGAACAAGAGGUGAAGGGCACCAGUCCUAAAAUUUCAUCCUACGAUGCCUACUUCGACACGAUCCAGUCCCGGAAGAAAUUAUCUCGUCCCCUACAAGAAAAUUUAACAUUUGCAUUUUCGAAAGUUCCAGUCUCAUCUUUCCAAGGAGUUCCUGGAGGCAAAGUGGUGGAGAUUCAAGCGGAUACAUCAAUUGCUGAUGCAGUAAAGACUCUAUCUAACCACCACAUUUUGUCAGCUCCUGUGAGAAACCCGGAAGCAGAUGCAAGUGCAGAUUGGAGGGAGAGCCACCUGGGAAUCGUGGAUUAUUCCGCCAUUCUUCUCUGGGUGUUGGAGACCAGUGCAUUUUCUCCUUCGGCUCACUCAACCGCGGCUGUAGUUGGUGGUGCAGGAGCCAUGGGCGCUAUUGGAGCAGUUGCAUUGGGCGUAACUGGUCCUGCUGCUCUUGCAGGCCUAACUGCAGCAGCAGUUUGCUCUGCCAUGGCUGGCAGCGCAGUUGGAAAAAUAGGUGCGGCUGAAGACAAAGGAGAGGGCAGAGAUUCUCCCACAGAUGCUGAUAAACUGAGCGAAGAACUCGACAGCGUUAUACUACAAGAUGAACCCUUCAAGACAACCACAGUAAGAUCAAUACUGAAAUCCUUUCGCUGGGAGUCAUUUCUUCCGGUAGGGACAGAUAGUUCAAUGUUGACCGUCUUGCUACUACUCUCAAAAUAUAGGAUGAGAAAUGUACCUGUAAUAGAAGUGGGGCAACCCGAUAUUAAGAAUUUCAUCACACAAUCAGCAGUUGUUCAGGGUCUUGAGGGAUGCAAAGGAAUGGAAUGGUUCGACUGCAUUGCUGCAAAGUCCAUCUCUGACCUGGGACUUCCUUUUAUGUCCUCCAAUGAGGUUAUCAGCACCAAUGUCGAUGAUCCGGUACUUGAAGCGUUCAAGAAAAUGAGAGAGAACCAAAUUGGUGGGCUUCCAGUUGUGCAGGGGCCAAAGAAGAAGAUAGUUGGUAAUGUCAGCAUAAGUGAUAUCAGAUUCUCUCUUCUGAAAGCAGAGCUCUUCAACAAUUUCAGGAAUCUCAGUGUUAGGGACUUCACGAACACAAUCUCAGAAAGCCAGGGAAGACAAAUAUUACCAAUUACAUGCAAUCUGCAGUCGACUCUCGGCGAUGUGAUUGAAAGUCUUGCUUCUAAAUCGGUUCACAGAGUGUAUGUGGUGGAUGAUGAAGGAGAAGUUGUUGGUGUGAUUACACUCAGAGAUGUGAUUUCUUGCUUCAUUUUUGAACCACCCAAUCACUUUGAUGUCUACUUGGGGUUUGCUAAGAAGCAGAUAAUGAAGCAGUGAGACAUCAGUUUGUUAA